GUGACGUCAGUCGCUGUGUCGGUUGAUCCUGCUCCGCCGCUCCGUCGAGGCUGAGCUGAGAAAUUGCUGCUUUUUUCGGGUAAAGAUGGCCGCGGGUCCCCUCUCUGUAUCUUCCAAUGCGUCCACAAACAACGAUGGAAUUCUCAUUGGUGACAAAGUUUACUCGGAGGUGUACCUCACCAUCGACAACUCUCUCAUACCAGAGGAAAGGCUCUCUCCGACGCCGUCGAUGCUGGACGGCCUCGACCUGAGCACGGAGACCGACCUUCGCAUCCUUGGGUGUGAAUUGAUUCAGUCGGCGGGUAUCCUUCUCCGGCUACCACAGGUGGCAAUGGCGACGGGGCAGGUGCUUUUCCAUCGGUUUUUCUACUCCAAGUCCUUCGUGAAGCACAGCUUUGAGAUUGUUGCGAUGGCUUGUAUCAACUUGGCCUCCAAGAUUGAAGAAGCACCGCGACGAAUACGAGACGUCAUCAAUGUGUUUCAUCAUCUGAGACAGAUGAGAGGCAAAAAGACUCCAAGUUCAUUGAUACUUGAUCAGAACUACAUUAACACCAAAAACCAAGUCAUCAAAGCUGAGCGGCGGGUCCUGAAGGAGCUGGGCUUCUGUGUGCACGUCAAGCAUCCCCACAAGAUUAUCGUCAUGUACCUUCAAGUCCUCGAAUGUGAAAAGAACCAAACACUGGUCCAGACGGCCUGGAACUACAUGAACGACACCCUGAGGACGAAUGUGUUUGUGAGGUUUCAAGCUGAGACUAUCGCCUGUGCCUGCAUUUACCUCGCUGCCCGAGCUCUGCAGAUACCCCUGCCCUCCAGACCUCACUGGUACCUGCUGUUUGGAGCCAGUGAAGAUGAGAUUAAAGACAUCUGCAUCACCACUCUGAGACUGUACACCAGGAAGAAGCCAAACUACGACCACCUUGAGAAGGAGGUCGAGAGGAGGAAGGUGUUUUUAGCAGAGGCUAAGCUGAAGGCUAAAGGCCUGAACCCUGAUGGUACCCCUGCGCUGUCCACACUGGGUGGUUUCUCACCUGCGUCCAAACCCUGCUCCCCAAAUGUGGUCAAGGUGGAGGAGAAGUCCCCUAACCCCCAGACCCUUAAACAAGUUAAAAAGGAGCCAGACAACCGGACUCAGGUCACCAAGAGUCCACACAAUGGGUUGAGAAAGGAGGUGAAGAUUGGGAGGAACAGUCGAAGUGGAAGUCGAUCUCGUUCGAGAACACGUUCGCGGUCUAGAUCCCGUUCCCCUCGCAGACAUUACAACAGCAGACGCAGUUGCUCAGGGACCUACAGUUCACGUUCACGUUCUCGCUCUCACAGUCGCAGCCCAUCACCACGGCGACAUCCACCCUCACCCCUCCUCCCCCACCUCAAAUCUAAGACCAGUCACCACAGCAAUAGCGACUCCAAACCCAGCAACCGCCACAGCAACAGCGGAAGUGGAGGAUCUGGCCACAAGAGGAAGCGCUCACGCUCUCGGUCAAGGUCCCGCACUCCAGUCAAAGUGGACAGGGACCGAGACAGAGAGCGGGAGAGAGACAGAGAUCGCAGCUCGUUUGACCUCUCUACAAAGAAACACAAACACGAGAGAGGAGGUGGUCACAGAGGAGAGAGGAGGGACAGGGAGAGGUCUCGGUCUUACGACAGGGACAGAGAGAGAGAGCGUAGCCACAAGAGCAAACACCACAGCAGCAGUGGGCACUCAGGACAUAGUCGUCACCGGCGCUGAGACACACCCCAACAGACAAGCUCUGGAGCUGAUAGUCGCACAAGUGUUUUCAAUAUCAUCCAAGGAAAAUCCAACCUGGCAUGUUCUCUUAAUGUUGUUGAAUACAGUUCACUGUAAAAAAAACACUGGUGGUGAUCAGUGGUGAUUCCUUUUCAUUUAAUGAUAUCCAUGACAGCUGGAGUCAUUAGUAGACACAUUUUCAAGUUUUUAAUAUGUAAUAAAACUGUCUACAACUAGUAUCAAACCAAAUAUCUGCUGCCUGCACACCUGUCAGAUUGAAAUAUUGUGGGAGUUUGUGAAAACUAAUGUGCAAAAGAUGUAGGUAAAUUUGGUGCACUGCAGCUGUGAGAGUGAACAUGCCAGCUUGGAUUUCAUUUAGAGUAUAUUGUCAGCCAUAUAACAACAUAGUUGGGUUUCUCAAAUGCAUCCUUCUGAUUAUCAAAACUAUUUAAUAUACAGGAUUGUUAAUUUACUUUAACCUUAAAUUUUGUUUAUCCUAAUAACAAAACAUUAACAGUCAUGUCUGACACUAUUAGGGGAAAAAAAGGUAAUAAAGGCUUUACAUUGGAAGUAUAAAAAAAGUUGAAAUUUCCUGAAUCCUGCGCAUUGUGUAGCUUCUGCAUGCACAGUUAUCUUGGUGAUAAAGAAUUCAUUACUUUGUCUCCUCUGUAUCGGCACACAUGUAGCUGAUAUUUGGCAGAGGAUGAAGCUGUGCAUCUGAGAAACCCCGACUGACCAUAAUGACACUCAUGCUGCAACUUAGUGUUGAGCCUUUCUUCACCCACAUCAUCACAUGUAAUCAGUGGUUGAGGACGGCUCCAUUAACUUCUGCAGUGUGACAUCAGUCCCAGACCUGUCAUCUCCUCCUCCACUUGUAGGAUUUUCUAUUUUAAUUUUUUUUUUUUUUCCUCAACGCCCCGCCCUACACACCCACCAUCCUUUUUGCCUACCCUUAUGUUCUUGAUUUUACAUGUAAAGUUAUGGACUUUUUGGGGGGAAAGAAAAUUAUUUACAGUGUAAAGAUGGAUUGAUACACACUGACACAAUGUGAACGCUUUGAUUUAUAAAAGCGAACAGCUCAGUGGAAGGAUUGAAUGAAUAAAUGUAAAAUAAAAACGAUAAUUCAGGAACGAUCAUUAUGUUUGCACAUCAAGGGACUGGCAGGCGAGUGGUUUUUAUUUCUUUCUUUUUUUUUCUUUCGACAUGUUUGUUGCUUAAGCUGUGUUUUGUACAGUUUCAACAGAGCAAAUUGGUUAUAGACUUUUGUUUUUCCUUUUUUUACAUCAGGGGAUGCAAACUUGAUUUCCAAAUAUUUUAGGGUUGUCAAUUUGUUACACUGGUUUUUAGUCUGCACGUGUUCAUGUCCAAUUUUUAUUCAAUAAUAAAUGAGUUAUGCCGCUGAA